UGGUUCAUGUUACCUGAUUACAUGCAAACAUGAAUAUUCCAAUAACUGUUAUAUAAAUGCCAUUUUGGGGAAUAAAGGCUAAACAAAAAUAUUUACCAUGUUUAAUUCAGUUUGUUGAUUAUUUAAAUAUUUAGAUAAGACACAUUUUGGUGGGAGGGGCUUAGUUCACCAAUAAACAGCAUAAUUUCUGUUUAGAGCUGAUUGAUGUUCAGCCAGAAACUCUUCACAGAUUCCUGGUAUGUAGCAUAUACUCAUAUUCAUACUUAUGUUUAAUCAAAUAUUUGUACAUGUUUUAUUUAUUAUCAAUAUUAAUGUAUAAAUAGGUACAUUUGAUGAAUACAUCAUUAAGAAGCAGUCAAAUAUUUCCUAAAGAUGCAUCACCAUCGUGCUGACAACAGCAAUCCUGGCAGCCGAUCCUCCGAUCGCAGUUUUGAACAACUUUCUUCAAACAUCCGUGAUGGGAAUCAACCAGAGGAUAAACAAUCAUGGCAUGCAGCCACUGUCAUUAAUCCAGGUCCUCCAGCAAUUUACUGUCUGAACACAGAAAGAAAAUAUAUUGAUGGGACUGAGAAAAAGGUCAGACGAUGGACAUAUGGACGAAGAGACAGAAACAAGCAAAACAAAGUCAUACUGAUGGUGGGAGAAACCGGUGCUGGAAAAACAACCAUGAUCAACACCAUGAUCAACUACUUACUGGGAGUGAAGUUUGAGGAUGAAGAGUUUUAUCAAAUCACAGAAGAAGAAAAACAAGAUCAAACGAAAUCCCAGACACGUGAGAUCACAGUUUAUGAGGUGUUUGUUGAAGAAAACCCAACAUCUCUGACCAUCAUUGACACUCCAGGAUAUAAAGUCACUGAAGGAUACGAGAAAGACAGAGAGAUUUCUGGAUGUCUGACCAGAUUAUUUUCAGAUAAGGAUGGGAUUCAUUAUAUCGAUGCAGUGUGUUUUGUGAUGAAGGUGUCUCAGAAUCGUCUAUCUGACAAUGAGUUUUACAUAUUUCACUCAGUUCUGUCUCUGUUUGGUAAAGAUAUAGAGAACAACAUAGUGUUUCUAUUCACAUACUCAGAUGGAGGACCUCCAACAGAUGCUCUCAAUGCCAUUAAGAAAGCAGAAAUACCCUGCAGAAGAGAUGAGGACAAAGAACCUGUUCACUUCUUAUUCAACAACCAGCAGAAAGAGAAAAGAAACAAAAUGUAUAAACGUGCUUUGAAAACAGCGUGGGAAAAUGGAGAAGAAAGCAUGAAUGAGUUCUUCACACUCCUGGAAGAAAAGAAUAGAAAAAGUGUUCAGAUGACAUUAGAUGUUCUGAAAGAGCGAGUACAACUUGAGGCAUGUGUCUCUAAUCUGAAGGACCGAAUCAAUGAGAAGGAGUUUAAAAUAAAAGAACUGACUCAGAUUCAAGAAGCUGUCAGACAAAACAGAGACAAGAUUGAGAAAUGGGAGAACUUUAAGUUUACAGUCAUUAGAAGUUUUAAAGAAAAAGUCCUCAUUGAAAAUGCACAACCAAAGGACAGAAAGGCAACCUGCUGCUCCGUCUGUCAGGAAAACUGUCAUGAAUGGGACUGUAGCCGUGCAAUAGGUCCCAAAUGGUGUAAGGUCAUAAAAAACGAUCACUGCACUGUGUGUAAAGGGAAAUGUCAUUACAGCAAACACAUCAGAGAGAACAAAAAAUAUGUGACGAUGACAAAGGAAGUUAUUAUGACAUAUGAUGAGCUCUUACAGGAGUGUAAAGACACUGGUGAAAAGGCUGAAACAAGCUUUGACAAACAAAUAUUUGAUAAUACUGAGAAAGAGCAUGAAAGUAUCAUGAAAGAGUCUGAGAAUAAAACAAAAAUAGAAGAAAAACUGAUCAGUGAUCUCAAGAAGAUUCAAAAUGAAAAGUCCAACCUGGUCCAUGAAGCAUAUAUCAGCAUUGUUACUCUGUCUAAGAUUGCAUUAAAAGCAGACAGCGCUUUCACUCUUCAACAUUUGGAUUUCUUGAUUCCCAGACUGAAGGAGGAGGGAAAAGAUGAAUGGAUGAAGAACCUGGAGGAUCUGAGGAAAACUGGAAAAGAGCUGAAAAACAAGGGGGUUUUAGAUUUUGUGAUGGGUAAAAUGUAACCAAUUAACCAGUUGUAUAACCAAGGCUUGAGUAUAGGGUUUGAGUUUGGGCCCUACCUAUGCUACAAAUUACAUCAACUGAUCAGUCUGGAGUAGCACAAAAUACAGAAAAAAAUUAAAAUAUGCUUUCUAGUUCAAUUUAUAUGCAACAUGCCAUAUUUUUAAAUUUAUUGUCAUAUCUGUGUACUCUUAUGUCAGAUUCUUAACCCUCACAUUCUCCUCAUUCCCCCAUAACCCUUCUUUUAAUACUAUUUGAUGUCGAGAUGGCGCACAGGAACCUGGUUUCCCAGCUUUUAGAUGAAGAAAUACGCUGAAUUUUCAAGUAUGUUACUAUUAGUGCAUUUAUUAAGUUAUAUGCCCUUAUUAACACUAGUACUAAAAGUAAAACAUAAUCUCGGGAAAUAUAUAUCUGAUUGACAAUUAUUUAUUUACAGAACUAAAAUAAAGAAUAUGGAAAAUCAAAUAACCCAAAAUAAAAGAAACCCUUGUUUUGUAAUUGUAUAUGAAAUAUAAAGAUUAUUCACCCAAAUGAAAUCACUGUCUGUUUUUUUUUUGUUUUGUUUUUUUGUAUGUUUUUUCCAGUAACACAAAUCAAAUAAACCUUUAACUUGCAGUAAAUACAA